AUGGGGGCAUGGGCAUUGGAUGGCUUCUCAUGUCUGCACUGCGUUGCAAGGACCCCAGAGCCAGGCCAAGUGAAUUCGCGGCGUCCCAUCGGGUAUCGCGUAUCGCUGAAGCUUCAAUUGUCAGAACACGGAGAAGUCAGAAAGCAAGCAAGCACCGUCACCUUUUGUGUCCCUUUUUUGCUACUCGUCUCGCGCUUCAGCUCGGACGCCGAAAAGCCUAAAAACCCGCGUUUCUCUUUUUUCUCCUGCUCACGCUUUGCUAGCCGGGACCUGGCAGGCUAUGGCUCCUUUGGGGGCGUCUUCCGAGGCAUCCAGAAGGAUGGCACGGAGGUAGCCAUCAAGGUUUUGGAUGUUGGCGACGAAGGCGGCUUUGAGGAGGAGGUGAGGGUGCUCAGCAAGUUUCGACAUCCAAACCUGGUGAUUCUCAUGGGCUUUGCCCGCAACGGGCCCCACCGGCUGCUCGUCUACGAGCACCUGGGGGGCGGUGACGUGUUCCGACGGCUCCAGCGGUGUGCUCAAGAGAACGUACCGUUCACCUGGAAGGAGCGCAUCGGCGUCGCCUACGACGCCUCCUGUGGCCUCUCGCACCUCCACAACUCCUCACCGAAGGUGUUCCAUCGCGACAUCAAGUGCCCCAACAUCCUCUUGGACCGCAAUGGAACUGCCAAGAUCGCAGAUUUCGGCUUGGCGUGCUGCUCCAACCACAAGGAGCAGAAGGUGAGCCAGGCCGCCGGGACGGUGGGCUACGCGUGCCCACACUACGUCAACCGGGGCGUGGUGACGGAGGGCAGCGAGGUGUACUCCUUCGGCAUUGUGCUCCUGGAGCUCCUGACCGCUGCUCAGCCAGCGUACUUGGCGCAGGCCCCGGAUGGCAGCCAGCAGUACUGCUUCCUGGUCACGCGCAUUGGCAACGACGUGCGCGUGGCGGUGCAGAUGGCCGACCCGAAGGCAAAGUUCCCUCCGGAGGUCGCUGCAGACUUCGCGGCGCUCGGGCUCCGCUGCACCGAAUACCAAGAGGAGUAUCGCCCCUUUUUCAGGGAGGUCGUCACGAUGCUCAGGAACCUCAUCGCUUCUACGGAGGCGCCGGCGCCGCCGCCCUGGCCGGCGCCCCAGGCGCCCCAGGCGCCGCAGGCACCGCAGACGCCGCAGCACCUCCGAGAGCUGCCGGGCUUCUCCCAGAUAGCGCAGGCGCACGCCCACGCGCAGGCCCAGGCCCAGGCCGCCCAGCAAGCCGCGCAGGCUCAGGCCCAGGCUCAGGCGCAGCAGGCCGCCCAGGCCCAGGGCUUCAACACCAUCAAUCCGGACGAAGAGAGGAGGGUGCCGGUGCAGCGCCAAGCCUCCGUGCAGGAGGAUCGCUUCCAAGGCGGGACUCGAUAUGCUCGCAACAUCUCACCAAACGGUGCGCACCAAGCAGUUGAUAUAAUGGAUGAAUGGGGUGCCUCACCCACGCCUCGUGCAGGCGCGCAGAUGGCCAUGCGGGCGACCUCGGCGCGGGCGCUGCUCUGGAGCCUGGAGUGUGUGAAGUCGGAGUGUGCGGGUGACCUCUCCUCCAAGCCCAAGGAUCAAAGAAUCCUGGUGCACUGGAGGGAAGUGGCCGGAUCGCUGCCCAUGUAUCGUUUCGGGCGCCUUUUCCAAAGCGACUUCUGCCGGAUGAUGCUCCCAGACGAGCACUUCCACUCACAGGUCUCUCGUGAGCACUUCCAGAUCUGGGCGGAGGAGUGGCCCGACGUGGGCUUCCAACUGCAGGGCCGGCCCUGCUCCUUCUUCCUCACGAACUACGGCACUGUCGGGACCAUCGUGGAUGGCCAAGUGCUGGACACCCGCGGGCAGCAUGCCGUGCUCCAUGACGGGAGCCGCGUCGCCCUGCUGCGACGCGUCGUGGACAAGGGCAGGGAGUCCAAGGUGGAGUUCCUGGAGUUCAAGUUCCGUCUGGACGGGCCUGGAACUUGGUUUCCUUAUAAAGGAGUUAGCCGACUUGUUGCGACUUUCCAGCUUUUUUCGUCGGCAUGCUGGCUUGGUCUUGCAAACAGAGGCGCUCUGUGUUUAAAGCUUAGAGGGUCGUGGAUGCGUGGAUGUCGAUUGUCUCCUCGCAAGGGGAGGGCACAGCGAUAA